UUGGCUCAGCUCUGAGUGCGCGCGGGAAAGUCGUUCAUCCAACAGUGAGGAGUGGAGAAUGAAGUUCGUCACGUGCGAGAUAGCAUGGCACAACAAGGAGCCGGUGUACAGCGUUGACUUCCAGCACGGCACCGAAGGGAAGAUCAACCGGCUGGCCUCUGCGGGAGUGGACACCGCUGUGCGGAUGUGGAAGGUCAACCGAGGUACCGACGGCAAAGCCCUGGUGGAGUUUUUGUCCAACCUGACGCGUCACACUAAGGCGGUCAAUGUGGUGCGUUUCUCACCCAACGGUGAAAUUCUGGCUUCGGGGGGAGAUGAUGCCCUGAUCUUGUUAUGGAAGCUCAAUGACAACAAAGAGAUUGAACAAAACCUUUUUGAGGAGGAGGCUGAGCUCAACAAGGAAAACUGGACAGUGCUGAAAACUUUACGGGGCCAUAUAGAGGAUGUGUACGACAUCUGCUGGACGACCGAUGGGAAUCAAAUGGUGUCUGGAUCUGUCGAUAAUACUGCUAUUAUGUGGGAUAUCAAUAAAGGUCAGAAGCUGUGGAUCUUUAAUGAGCAUAAAAGCUAUGUGCAAGGUGUUACCUGGGACCCUCUGGGGCAGUACAUCGCCACACUCAGCUGCGACCGGGUUAUGAGGGUGUACAGUACGCAGAACAAGCGGGUAGCUUUCAACGUCAGUAAGAUGUCCUCGGGAUCAGAAGGGGAGACAAAGAGCUACCGCAUGUUCCACGAUGACAGCAUGAAGUCCUUCUUCCGUCGGCUGACGUUCACACCGGAUGGCUCUCUGCUCCUCACACCAGCGGGUUGUGUUGAGUGCGGAGAGAAUGUGACCAACACCACGUACGUGUUCGCCAGAAAAAAUUUAAAAAGGCCUAUAGCCCAUCUGCCAUGUCCCACUAAAGCAACCCUCGCUGUUCGUUGCUGCCCGAUCUUUUUUGAACUGAAGCAGUUUAAAUCGGAAGGCGAGACGGCUAAGAAAACCAAUCUCUUCAAUCUGCCCUAUCGGCUGGUGUUUGCUGUGGCUUCCGAAGACUCCAUCCUGCUGUACGAUACCCAGCAACGCCUUCCUUUCGCGUACAUCGCAAACGUCCAUUACCACACGCUGAGCGACAUAACGUGGUCCGGAGAUGGGAUGUACCUGACUGUGUCGUCCACAGACGGUUACUGCUCCUUUGUCUCGUUCGAGCGGGAGGAGCUGGGCGUGCCGCUGAAGGAGAGGCCGGUGUUGUCCUUGCCGAGCCCCAGCAAUGUGGAGAAGAGGGUCAAGAAGGGUCAUGGACACCAUAAGGCAAGCGCCGUGACACCCAAGCCCACGGAGGCUACCACACCCACCCGAGUGGGGGAACAGAGCGAGUCCGGCACUCCCACCCUGCCCAGGACUCCCGCUGCCUCCGCCACUCGCCUCAAAGAGUCGCCCGUCACCCCCCUCUCCACCAGGGGCGUUGCUACUGCUCCUGCCUUAUCAGACACCAGGACCCCACAGCUGCCCACUCAUGGCAAUAAAGCUCCACAAGCCAGAAGGAUCACGCUCAACACACUGGAGGCUUGGAGCAAGCCCAGCGGAGGGCCCACACCCAGGCGAAUUAUACCAAUUCCUGUGCCGUCUGUUUCUACGCCAACAUCGACGCAAGCGGACAGAGUAGCGAGGGAGAGACCUUCUCCGUCUGACGACCCUUCGUGCAAAUCACCGGACAACAAGCGUUCCAGAACGGACCCGGGUAGUCCCAGUCCUGCCGUUCCGCAUAGUGUGAACGACCCAAGCGAGAAGAACGAGACACGACCUGACAGCAAAUAAUAAAAGGAACGAUUGUAAAACA